GCACAGCUUCUUCAUAUCUUCCACACUCCAACAUAAACCACAUUUCUCUUUCUCAAUCUGUGAACCUUCAUCUCUAACCAACACAGAUAGAAAUCAAGUGAAGCAUCCAAAUUUGGCAAACAGCCUCUAAAAUCUAAAUUUAGUACAAGUUGGAAAAGGACUACAUAACCAAUCUAGUCUUGCCUUCUUCAUCCUUAAUUUCCUUCAACCCUCAUACAUUUUCUUUCUCUUUCUGAAUAUGUCAGCUGCCGUGGAAGCUGUGUCUGCAACCAAAGAUGUUGGUUUCACUUCUCAAGUGCAGGAAGUAGAGUUUAAGAAUGAUAAGAACCGAAACAAGGAUGAAGGUGGAAAACCAAGCCUGCAUCACCGUGAUGAAAAUGAUGAACUUAAAGAUGAGGUUGAUCCAGAUGAAGAGGAUGAGCUUGCCACACUGAAAUGUGACAAAGAAUUGGCUAUUGGCCCCAAGUUUUCGCUCAAGGAGCAGCUUGAUAAGGAUAAAGAUGAUGAGAGUUUAAGGAAGUGGAAGCAGCAACUUCUUGGGAGUGUUGAUCUCUCUGCACUAGCUGUUGGAGAGAGUAAAGAAGCAGAAGUGAGGAUUCUAAGCCUGACAAUGAUGUUCCGGGAUCGGCCUGAACUUGUGCUGCCGAUUCCAUUCACCAACAAACCAAAGAGCAGUCUUUUCACACUCAAAGGAGGAAGCAAGUACCGGACUAAAUUCACAUUCAUUGUCUCUAAAAACAUAGUUUCAGGCCUCAUGUACACCACCUCAGUCUGGAAGACUGGUGUUAAAGUGCACAAUUCAAAAAAAAUGCUUGGAACCUUUAGUCCUCGACAAGAUCCAUAUACGUAUGAAACCGAAGAAGAUACUACCCCUUCAGGCAUGUUUGCAAGGGGCUGGUAUUUUGUGAGAACAAAAUUUCUGGAUGAUGAUGGAAAAUGCUAUUUGGAUGCCAGUUACUACUUUGAAAUCCAGAAGAACUGGGCAACACCCUCUUGAAGUCUUUUUCAUUUACGCAUAAUCUUGUCAGAAUUAAUUGGCUUGGUGAUGUUUUCAAAUGACCAUCUUAAUGUAGUGAGUGAUGGCAAUAAUAUUCAUGUUGUAUCUUAGUUGUAACCAAUGUGGGAAAAAUGCAAUCCAAAUUUCCAUUCAAUAAAAACACUGUGCUGAU